GGGAAAGGUGAAACACCCCAGUCAAGAUGGGUGUUGACUGGGAGUACCUGCGGGGGGUGACGGGUGAGGCAGGGGAGUGGAGAGAGGCAGACCUGGAGGAACUCUAUCAGAGUCUUGCUGGUGUAACAAAAUUACGACCAAGAGACAAGACGCCAGAGAAACUUGAGUUGCUGUUCACUCUAACCCAGGCAGUGAUGAUGACCAAAUAUGCACAGGUUGUGACUUUGGAGGAAGAGGUCGGUCGCUUGGCAGAGUCGGCAGGUCGUGGGGAUGCCCAAAGAGAGCAAGAGCUACAAGCUGAGAUUAAGCACCUGAAAAAAUUACUGAAAAGCAGCCAGACGUCAGAAGCUGCCCCUGAUGAUGAUGUUCCUUAUGUAUGUUUGUGUAGGAUAAUGUGAACGUGCCAAAUGAAUAUA